AUGGUCCCUGAGCAGAAGGAGCAGAGGAUCUGCAGAGGAGGAUGUUUGGUUGAAGACACAGGGAAAGGGUUCACUAAUGGAGACCCCUUGCUAGAGGACUCUGUCAGGCUGCUGGGGGGGACUGGUCUGUGCUCAGGUAGACUGGAGGUGAACUCUGACCAGUCUAACCAGUCUAACCCGUCCUGGUCCUCAGUGUGUGAGGCUGACUUUGACCAGCAGGAUGCUCAGGUGGUCUGCCGACCUGGCACAGCUGUUAGCCUCACCUGCUCAGAGCCUGGUGGUGUUCAGCUGGUGGGAGGAGAGAGUCGCUGCGCAGGAGACCUGGAGGUGAAACAUGAGGGAGAAUGGAGACCAGUGGGGGGCGAUUACUCUCUCUGGACCCUGAAGGCAGCAGCUGUUCUCUGCAGAGAGCUCGACUGUGGCUAUGCUGUUUCUGUGGGAGAGAGAAAGGAGUCCUUAGAGAGAUCUCUGUGGUACAUCGGCUCUGACUGUGUUCAGUCUGGAUCUGCUCUGAGGGAGUGUGCAGCAUCACAUUCCUCUCUCUCCUUCCUGACUCUCACCUGCUCAGACUCUGUCAGGCUGCUGGGGGGGACUGGUCUGUGCUCAGGCAGACUGGAGGUGAAGUCUGACCAGUCUAACCAGUCCUGGUCCUCAGUGUGUGAGGCUGACUUUGACCAGCAGGAUGCUCAGGUGGUCUGCCGGCAGCUGGGCUGUGGGGCUCCUUCAGUCCUCCAGGGGGCGCUCUAUGGAGAAGGGGAGGCUCCAAUGUGGACCAAAGAGUUCCAGUGUGGAGGCCAUGAGUCUGCUCUCCUGGACUGUAGCUCAGCCUCAGAGAGAAACACCUGCUCACCUGGCACAUCUGUUAGCCUCACCUGCUCAGAGCCCGGUGGUGUUCAGCUGGUGGGAGGAGAGAGUCGCUGUGCAGGAGAACUGGAGGUGGAACAUGAGGGAGAAUGGAGACCAGUGGAGGGCUUUCUCUCUCGCUGGAACCUGAAGACAGCAGCUGUUCUCUGCAGAGAGCUCGACUGUGGCUCUGCUGUUUCUGUGGGACGGAGAAAGGAGUCCUCAAGGAGACCUGUGUGGAGGAUCGACUCUGACUGUGUUCAGUCUGGAUCUGCUCUGAGGGAGUGUGCAGCAUCAUAUUCCUCUCUCUACUUCCUGAAUCUCACCUGCUCAGACUCUGUCAGGCUGCUGGGGGGGACUGGUCUGUGCUCAGGCAGACUGGAGGUGAACUCUGACCAGUCUAACCAGUCUAACCCGUCCUGGUCCUCAGUGUGUGAGGCUGACUUUGACCAGCAGGAUGCUCAGGUGGUCUGCCGGCAGCUGGGCUGUGGGUCUCCUUCAGUCCUCCAGGGGGCGCUCUAUGGAGAAGGGGAGGCUCCAAAGUGGACCAAAGAGUUCCAGUGUGGAGGCCAUGAGUCUGCUCUCCUGGACUGUAGCUCAGCCUCAGAGAGAAACACCUGCUCACCUGGCACAGCUGUUAGCCUCACCUGCUCAGAGUCUGGUGGUGUUCAGCUGGUGGGAGGAGAGAGUCGCUGCGCAGGAGAACUGGAGGUGGAACAUGAGGGAGAAUGGAGACCAGUGGAGGGCUUCCCUCCCUGGACCCUGAAGGCAGCAGGAGUUCUCUGCAGAGAGCUCGACUGUGGCUAUGCUGUUUCUGUGGGAAAGAGAUAUGAGUCCUCACAGAGACCUGUGUGGUACAUCAGCUCUCGCUGUGUUCAGUCUGGAUCUCCUCUGAGGGAGUGUGCAGCAUCAGCUUCCUUUCCCUACUUCCUGAAUCUCACCUGCUCAG